AUGAAGACCUUCACCACCAUCACCUCUGUCCUCGCUCUCUGCUCCUCGGCCCUGGCCGCACCAGUGGAAGCUGCUGAAGCGGCUGGCACCACAGUCUCUGUCUCCUACGACACUGCCUACGAUGUCUCUGGAACUUCAUUGACCACCGUCUCCUGCUCGGACGGUACCAAUGGCAUGAUCGGCAAGGGCUACACUACCUUCGGCUCUCUUCCGGGCUUCCCCAGAAUCGGAGGCGCUCCUACCAUUCCAGGCUGGAACUCUCCCAACUGCGGCAAAUGCUACGCCUUGACGUACAACGGCCAGACAGUCAACAUUUUGGCCAUUGAUGCCGCACCGGGUGGCUUCAACAUCGGUCUGGAUGCCAUGAACCAACUCACUGGCAACCAGGCCCAAAACCUGGGUCGUAUUGACGCUACCUACACUGAGGUGGAUGUCAGUCAGUGCAAAUAA